AUGAAUUCAGGUACUAUAUCAACAGCAGAAACUUUAAACAUUGAUAAUUUUCAAGAUGCCAUACUGAAAAACAAUUUCGAUCCACAUGAUGAACGUUUGCAAUUAGCUAGAUCACAAUCUAGAAGAUUAUCAAAUACAGAAUCAUUAUUUAAGCAGGCUUCACGUCAAGGAAUACCAAGUAUGGGUCAUAAUAAAGAAAUGCCACCACCCAUUCUUCAUCGCUCAAAUUAUGAAGUUUCAUAUGAUUUAAAUGAUCCACUACAUCCAUAUAAUUGGUCUUUUCCAAUUAAGGCAUAUAUACUUUUUGUUUGUCUAAUUACUUCGUUCGGUGUUGCUAUGGGAAGUGCCUUAUUUGCAUCAUCACAACCAUCAUUAAUGAUUGAGUUCAAUAUAUCAUGGACAGUGUCUGCUUUAGUUACUUCAUUAUUUGUACUUGGUUUUGCUUCUGGUCCUAUAGUGUGGGGCCCAUUAUCAGAAUUUUAUGGAAGGAAAAUACCAUUUGUUGUUUCUAAUUUAGGUUUUGUUUGUUUUUCAUUUGGUGUUGCGACUGCUAAAGAUAUACAAACGAUUAUGCUAUGUCGUUUCUUUGCUGGUUUUAUUGGUGCUUCUAACAUUGUUUUGGUACCUUCUAUUAUGACAGAUAUAUUUCGAAAUGAAAAUAAGAAUAAAGCCUUGGGAGUAUUUGCAAUGGCAAUAUUUGGUGCUCCAAUGAUUUCCCCAAUAUUGGGCGGUUUUACAGUUAAGAACGAUGAUUUAGGAUGGAGAUGGACAGGUUAUUUUAUUGCUAUAGUUGGAUCGUUUGGUUUGGUUUUAGCUUUGUUCGUCCCUGAAACAUUAGCUGAUGUUAUAUUAAUCCAGAAAGCAGAAAAAUUAAGAAGAGCAACUGGUAAUUGGGCAAUUCAUGCACCUCAAGAAUCUAUAAAGUUGUCAAUUAAAGAGAUUGUAAAGACACAAAUUACAAAGCCAUUAAGAAUGUUGACUGAUCCAAUUUUAUUUUUCAUUUCCUUAUACAAUUCAUUUGUGUAUUGUUUAUUAUACAUGUUCCUUACCGUCAUUCCAUUGAUUUUUGGCGAAACUUAUGGUUGGAGUAGAGGUGUUUCAGAAUUACCUUAUAUUAGUAUGUUCAUAGGUACAUUCAUUGGAGGUAUUAUAGUUUCAUUACUUGAAAAACGAAAUCAAAGAAUUACAGAAAGAAAUGGUGGUACAUUAGUUCCAGAGAAUCAUUUAAUUUCAAUGAUGAUUGGUUCAUUCUUCUUUGCAGGUGGUAUGUUUUGGCUUGGAUGGUCUGGUGGGUUUGGAGAUGAUGUAUUAUGGCUUGUACCAACCUUAGCUUUAUGCCCAGUCGGAAUCGGUUUAAUUGCCAUCUUCUUACCUUGUUUGACUUAUAUUACUGAUUGUUAUUUAUUCGUCCUGGCUUCAGCACUUUCAGCAAAUACUUUAUUAAGAAGUUCGAUGGCUGCGGCAGCGCCCUUGUUUUCAAGACAAAUGUUUGAAAAUUUAGAGAUCAAAUGGGCCUGUACUUUACUAGGAGCUAUAGCUUGUGCAUUAAUUCCAGUUCCUUUCUUGUUUUAUAUUUAUGGUGAUUAUUUAAGAAGUAAAUCAAAAUAUUGUAUUAGUUUUGAAGCACCAAUGCAUGAGAAAGAAAAUCAACAUGAAGUUUGA